GAUAACGAUGUCCAGAUAACGGAUUUAGACUUUACCGUAACUGUACUAAUGGAAACUAUUACCAUUACUGUUGGGGGCGCUGUCGUGCAUGAUGCGGGCUUUGGUGUUGGUUGUGAAGGUAAAAGGUCAGCCUGUGGAACGUGUGAGCAGGUUGUCACAGUACCGGUGUCAUUUCACCCGCCGGCUGUUGCUGCUACAUAUAUAUUGGAACUGUAGCUGACAUUGACGUUAUCUUCGAAAAAAAUGGCCAAAAGGCGGAGAGAAAGAAGAGAGACCGACGGUUCGUCGUCGGAACAGGAGGAAGUCAGGGCGAAUGCUAGCGACUCACAAGUACACAAAGAGGCUCAACAUAGUGCAGGGGGCUCAGCACGCAUGUCCUUCCUGAUUCUGGUGUCAGUCUUUACCUGCUCUGCUGCAGUCAUGUACUUGGUCUACAGGAAUUUCCCAGAGCUUUCUGAUGAUGAAAUGGAGAAAAUUAAGAUCCCUAAAGACAUGGACGAUGCCAAAGCUUUGGGAACUGUUUUGUCUAAGUACAAAGACACCUACUAUACCCAAGUGUUGGUGGCCUACUUCGCAACCUAUAUUUUCCUUCAGACAUUUGCAAUCCCUGGCUCCAUCUUCCUCAGCAUCCUGUCUGGAUAUCUUUAUCCAUUCCCCUUGGCUCUUUUUUUAGUCUGUUUGUGCUCUGGUCUGGGUGCUUCCUUCUGCUAUAUGUUGUCAUAUCUGGUGGGCAGACCCAUGGUCUACAAAUAUCUCACAGAGAAAGCACAGAAGUGGUCACAGCAGGUUGACAAACAUAGAGAUCAUUUAAUCAAUUACAUCAUCUUCCUGAGGAUAACCCCUUUCCUUCCCAACUGGUUCAUCAACAUUACUUCACCUGUCAUCAAUGUGCCUUUGGGAGUUUUCUUCAUUGGUACCUUUCUUGGAGUGGCACCACCAUCCUUUGUAGCGAUCAACGCGGGUACAACACUGUACAAACUGACCACAGCUGGCGAGGCCGUGUCCUGGAACUCUCUGGCUGUGCUCGGUGUACUCGCCGUGCUCUCAAUCUUGCCCGUCUGUUUCCAGAAGAAGCUGCAGCAGAAACUAGAGUAGAGAACUAAAGACCCCAGCACCUCAUCUCCUGGCUGAUCCCAGCAUCCCCUUCCCUCGGCUCAGGAACAUGCAGCUGUCACUCAAGUUGCUUCGCCUUGGUCUCAUACACUGGUGUAAGAAUCUCUGACCACUGGCACGACAUGUACUCCUUGACCACAGAAUGCGUGCAGUUGUGGGUCGUUCCUGAUGUUAAGCAAAGUAUAAACUGGCCACUUCUUGCGCAAGUCAUUUAGUUUCUGUGAAUUAUGUUGUUGAUUGUGGCACAUCCUGUAAAUAAGGGACUUUUUUUUUUUAAGGCACUGCUCACUGUAUGACUGGCCAGAGAAUUAAAGGUGCUACUUGAAGGAUGUUGAAGUAAAACACAGUAUGAUUCUUGCAUUUAAAACUUUUUUUUAUACGGCCUAUUGUUAUGGCAAAUACCGUUUCUCUUUUCUUAUUAGAACCUGCUGAAAACUGUCAGCAGUAGGCUUCCUUGUUGAGGCUUGUGCAAACAUCUGUUUAUUUUACUUAAUGCUACUUUAAAAAUUACAAUUUCUUCAGCAGUAGCAUAUCAAAUAAUACAUCCUGUUUAUAGCACCUUUAAGUCUCACUCCCCUUAAUUUAUUUUAACUUGUUUCUAAUUUUAACUUAGUGAAUUGUACCACCACAGCAAUAACUGUCAGACUACAGUUGAAAGUGGAUUUUACUUGGGGAAAAAGUAUGUUUUGAUACCUGGUGCUUGCCUUGGCAAACAUAUGCAGUGUGAGGAAAGAAUGAAAUUGUAGAAUAGAAAAAUGUAAUGAUUGAUCUUAGUAAGUGCUACUUUUGUUGAUGUGAGUGAGCGUCCAUGUGCUUCCUCUUUGAAAGGUGCCUAGGUCCACUGCCACACAAUAUUUUAUGUUCACCUAUCUCUGUUCAUAUUAGUAGCCUAAAGCAGUUCUUUGCCACAGUAACCUGUAACUAACAGACUAAGAUACAAUUGCAAAAUACCAAAGUUGAUGCAUUGUCCAAUUCAAAUUGGUAUUUUAAUUAAGGAGUAUAGAUUGUGUAAGGAAAAAAAAAAAAUAAUAUAUAUAUAUAUGCAACCCAGAAAAGAUGAUACAAAGCCAAAUUGAAUAAUCCUGGGUUAGAUGGCUCUCAAGACUUGCAUAUUGAGGAUAAUGUACACACUUCUAGGUGUGUACUCUGUGUGUUCAUCUCUGCUCCAUGAUAUUGUUUGCUAUGCUAUGCUAGUAUACAACUGGAGAGGUCCAUGCCAUGGAGGAUACAUAAGUGUCCUCAAUAAGACCUCCAUCAGACUGAGCUGUCCAAGCCUUGCCUUGGCUUUACCGCUUCCAUUCUUCACCAGGAGAAAUGUGUUAGGAUGGCUGAUAUACUGUGUGUUGUCAGUUUGCAUGGUUUGAAUGGUUUUGAGUGGUUCUGUACUGUAAAACCAUUCUGAUUAUUUUCCCCAGGUUUUUUUUUUUUUCGCAUAUCAAGGCCACUUGUUUCUGUUCCUUAAAACUUUCUGCGUGGUCACAAUUGACAGCUCUUUAAUCGUUUAAAAUUGCACUUUCACAGAGGUGCAUUUUGAGAUUCCAUGUUUUUACUUUGUCUUAAUACUCAACAGAUUUACGGACUACUUGCAGUAAGAAUAUUUACCUGUCAAACCCAGAUUAGAAAUCAUUACAAAAUUGUUAAUGUAAAACUUGAACAGGUCUUAAUGAGGGUACUAAUGUCUUGGCAUUAACUGCACUCGUAUCUUUUGUAGUUGGUAUUAACUACAUCAGUUAAAGAGAAAAAGUUGAUUUUAUGGUUCUUACUGGUUUAUCGGAGAGCUGUGUUUGUACACCUGACGUACAUUGUAGUCUUGGAAAUGGACCUUCAGUAACGUGGUUAAGCCAAGUGACAAAUGCUGUAAACUGGGCCUAAAAAUAUAAAUGUUUGUCUUCAUAUGUAUAGAACCUACAUUAAGUUGUUAAUUCUCUAUAAUAAGUCUGCCUACACAUCAGUGAUACUAGAUUUUAAUUCAUUUUUGUUCUGUUUGCUGAAAUAUUUAAACCUUUUCUGAACUUCAUGCUCAACAUAUAGUCAGAUUGGACAUGUUAUCAGUUUUGUGCAGUGGUGGAAAGUAACUAAGUAAAGUACAUGCAGCACUGUACUUAAGAAGAUUUUGAGGUAUCUGUACUUUACUUGGGUUUUUUUCAUUUUCUGUUACUUAUUACAUCCCUACACUUUAUAGGCAAAUACUCCAAUACAUUUAUUUUAUAACUUUAGUUACUAGCUACUUUUCAUAACCAGGUUAAUAUAAAAAAUACU